UCCUGUCACAAACUCACAUUUUCGUUUUCUGGGUGAAGUCACAAACUCACUACACAUUAACAUCUCUCUCUCUCUCUCUCUCUCUCUCUCUCUCUCUCUCUGACAUUCGAGACUUCCACAGGCAAAGAGAGUCUCCCAUACAGGAAAAAAUGCAGGGAGGCCAAAUGAUAGUUGAAGAGAAUGCCAAGCUCUCAUCAGUUCUAACUCCUUCUAAACCUAGCUAUAUACAAUCACUCACCAAAAUAGUCGGCACUCUCGGACCUAAUUCACGCUCCGUUGAAGUUAUCGAGGCAUGCCUCAAGGCAGGAAUGUCAGUCGCGCGUUUCGAUUUUUCUUGGCUAGAUGGAGACUACCAUCAGGAAACUCUUGAGAAUUUGAGGAUGGCUAUGAAAAACACUAAGAAGCUUUGUGCAAUUAUGCUGGACACGACGGGUCCAGAGCUGCAAGUAUGCAACAAAACUGGGAAUCCAAUUGAUUUUAAGGCCGAUAGUCACAUAACCGUAACUUCAGACCUUUCUAAAGACCUAUGUGCUGAAGUCUUACCAGUUGACUAUGCAGAGUUAGCUAAGAUGGUUCGGAAGGGUGACACCGUUUAUCUUGGACAGCAUCUCUUCACAGGGCAUGAGACUUCAUCUGUCUGGCUCGAGGUCCUGGAGACAAAAGGUCAAGAUGUUGUUUGUCUUGUGAAAAACAGCGCCACUCUCGCAGGCUCCAUGUUCACUAUCUACGUAUCCAAUGUCCCGAUCAACUUGCCCACAUUAACUGAACAUGACAAGGAGAUUAUAUCAAACUGGGGCUCACGCAACAAUGUUGAUUUUAUCUCUCUUUCGUACACCUGUCAUGCGGAAGAUGUAAAGGAGCUUAGGGAGUUCCUUAAGAAACAGAAUCUCGGUGAGACUCAAAUAUAUGCAAAAGUUGAAACUGUGGAGGGCUUGAAACAUUUCGACGAGAUACUGCAAGAAGCAGAUGGCAUAAUCUUUGGUCGGGGAAACUUAGGAAUCGACUUACCCCCAGAAAAGGUCUUCUUGUUUCAGAAAUAUGCUGUGAAUAAAUGCAACAUCGUGGGUAAACCUGUUGUAAUUACUCGAGUGGUUGAUAGCAUGACUGGAAACCUGCGUCCAACGCGGGCAGAAGCAACUGAUGUUGCUAAUGCUGUUCUUGAUGGUGCCGACGGAAUAAUGCUAGGUGCAGAGACCCUUCGGGGUCUCUAUCCGGUGGAGUCCAUAAAUAUUGUGGGCAAGAUUUGUGCUGAAGCUGAGAAUGUGUACAACCAUUCCCUCAAUUUCAAGAGAAUCAUCAGACAUGUUGAAGAACCCAUGUCGUAUGCAGAAUCUGUUGCCUCAUCAGCGGUACGUUCUGCUGUUAAGGUCAAGGCAGCAAUAAUUGUUGUUUUCACAUCUUCCGGCAGAGCGGCAAGGCUAAUUGCAAAAUACAGGCCACCUGUGCCUGUAGUCGCGAUCGUGACCCCCCGUCUCCGCACGAAUUCACUGAAAUGGACCUUCUCUGGCGCUGCACAGGCUAGGCAGUUGCUUGGAGUGAGAGGUGUUUACCCUAUUUUUGGUAGUCCAGAUGCUGCCACUUCAGGCAGUUCCAGCGAAGAACCUGGACUGAGACUAGCUAUUGAACAUGGUAGAUUGGUUGGAUUGCUCAAAUCUAAUGACCGCGUCGUCGUCUUCCAGAAAAUUGGAGACUCAGCAGUGGUGAAGAUCAUCGAGGUUCAAGGCCAGCUUUUGGUUUAAGACACAUCAAGAUCACACCAGGGGUCUCACUUCGAUUUUAUAGGUCCUCACAAUCUGCAUCUCUCUGGCAAUGUCAUUGUCGUCUCACUCAUAUUCCCCUCUCUAUUUGAUUUUUCCCGGUUGCCGUUCAUUUACUUAGCUAUGAAUUUGAUGGAUGCUGCAAACUAAUUCGUUGACUACAUCACUCGUCUGCUGCCAAAGUAAAGCAAAAAUUUUGAAGCU